AUGGUAGAUAAAGAAAGUAACGGUGAACCUCAAGAUUUUACACAACCAUGGAAAUUUAGCGAUGUCGUUCUCGUGGUCGAAGGUGAAAAACUCCAUGUUCACCGAGCUGUGCUUGCCUUGUGCUCCCCCGUUUUCGAGACGAUGUUUACGUCCGAAUUUCAGGAAAAAGAGAAGAAAGAAAUUUCCCUUCCCGGCAAAAAGGCUAACGAAGUGAAGGAGUUGCUUCAGGUUAUUUACCCUACUGUAGAAAGGAAGCCACCCGAUGAAAUAAAAGAGGAAAAUUGCCACUACCUCUUAAGCCUCGCACAUGAAUAUCAAAUGGCAGCCAUUACUCAGAGAUGCGAAGACUUCAUUGUCAAAAUAAUGAAGGAAUCUUUUUCAGUGAAAAAGGAUCCGGAUAUCAUUGCAGAGCUGGUAUUUGCACAGACGUACAACUUAAAGAAGCUAAAGCAGGCAAGCAUUGAACUGGCUCAAAGUCUUGCUCUUCCAGAGUUGAAAAAGCAAAAAGGUUACGAUGAAAUCCAUUCAGAGAAUCUUCAGGAAAUUAUGGAAAGAAUGAUAACACGGCUACAGAGUCAAUUGACUGACACUCAGACUAAAUUAAGUGAAGCUAAGCGGUCUCUAUCUUAUUUCCAACUGCGAUAA